AUGGACAUCGAUACAACGAUUCAUCCAGACCAUUUUAACACGGACGAGAAAACUGUACAUAAAGUAAACAAUAUUGUUCGCGAAAAAAAAAUUAUUAAUAAUUUAGAACAUCUCGAAAAAGAAGCAUCUCGAUUGAGAAAUAUUCGUAAGAAUAACAAAGUUUAUUGUGAAAAUGAAUCUAAACGAUUGAGGAACAAUCGUAAGAACGAUAAAUUAUAUCAUGAAAGAGAUGCUUUGCGAAAGAGGGAAUAUCGUAAAAAAAAUAAAAUAAAUCUUCAGAAUGAAGCUAACAGAUUGAAACAGCUGCGCAGUCGAGAUAAAAACUAUUGUGUAAACGAUAAUUUACGAAAAAAUAAUUACCGACAAAAACUUUCGAAAAAUGAUCAUAAACGAUAUGUUAAAAAUUUUAGUUCUCACAUUAGCGCAGUAAAAAAAAAUAAUAUUGAAUAUGAUGAAACAGAGACUACACAAUCAAAAGAAUUGAAAAUUGAACAUCAUAAUAAAGUAAAAUCUUCAUCGAAUAAUUUGAACGAAAAUUUGAGAAAACGGAAUUACGAAGUCGAAUUCAGUUUAAGAGAAUUAUGA